AUGGUCUCCUGCUACGCCUCCCACGGCCUCGCGCGCCAGGCCUGGGCGCUCUUCGCCGCCUUGCGCCGCUCCGGGGCGCUCGCCCCCGACGGGUUCACCUUCAGCGCCCUGCUCCGUCCGCCGCCGCGCCGUCGCCGUCACCGCCACCCCGCCGCCGAUGCCGUCGUCGACGCCGGGAUGCUGCUCGCGAUGGGAGCCCUGGCGCACGGCCUCGUGCUCAGGCUGGGUCUCCUCGCCGACGUGGUGGUCACCACCGCUCUGCUCGACAUGUACGCCAUGUGCGGCGGCCGGGUCGACGAGGCGCGCUGGGUGUUCGACGCUAUGGCGGCCAGGAACGUCGUCUCCUGGAACGCGAUGGUUGUCUGCUACGGUCGGGUUUGUGGAGGCAAGGACGCUGUUGACCACUUCCGGCGGAUGCUCAGAGACGGGAGCUGCUCCCCCGAUGAGCUCACGCUUGCCAGCGUGCUAAGUUCCUGCGCCAGCAUGGCGGCAGCAAACGAGGCUACUCAGGUUCAUGCUCAUGCCGUAAAGAGGGGGUUUCACGAGUUUCUGCAGGUGGCCAAUGCUGUUAUCACGGCGUAUGGCAAGACCGGUUUUGUUCGAGAGGCGACACAAACGUUUGCUAUGAUCUGCGACCCAGAUGUAGUUUCAUGGUCCUCUAUGGUUUCGCUUACGCGUACCUUGGACUAUCGAAGGGUGCAGUUCAUAAGGCUUACACUAUUUCCUUAUGAUGACGAGGGCUACAGAACCGAUCCAAAUCCACAGCAUCUUGCUUGCCUGGUUGAUCUCUUAGGGAGAGCUGGCAGGAUUGAAGAUGCUUACAACAUUGUUAUCAAGCUUUCUUGCGAGAGCAAGGCUGAUAUUGUUGGAGCUUUCCUUGGUGCUUGUAAGAUGCGGGGCAAAAUUGAGUUGGCAAAGUGGGCUGCAGAUAGGCUUUUAUGCUUGGAACCAAGUGAGGCAGUAAAUUAUCUGCUUAUGUCCAAUGCAUUUGCUGCUGCAGGAGCUUGGAACGAGCUUGCAAAAGUAAGAAGUGUGAUGAGACACAGGUGUGGCAGCAAGGUUCCUGGCUGUAGCUGGAUAGAGAUAGGUGGAACGGUUCAGACAUUUGUCUCCAACGAUGUGGUGCUCCAUCAGUCGACUGAAAUGCAACAAAUGAUGCAGCUUACUAUUUCAGAAGCACGAAAAGAGUGGAACGAAGACACAACUUGUGAUGAUCCAAUUUUAGUUCGAGAAUGGCAGUGA